AUGGCUAUUCUACCAGAUGUUAUACAGGUGAUUAAUUAUAGUCAUUCAUUAGUAGUAGCAGUCCUUAAUGAUGAUGUGAAAACUAAUGUAUUAGCAGGAAAGAUGGCAGGAAGGUUUACUCCUCCUAAUCUAUUUAAUAAUAAUGACGGAAUUGUGGUUGCUACUCCAGCAUUAUUUAUA